AUGGUAACUCUAUCUGAUCCUGGAUCUCGUCGGAGUAUCGACAUGUAUCUCCACCAAAAGUUCUGCUUCUUGGCUGAUGAAUGCGCUGGAGACUUUCUCGAAAAGCAUCGUCAGGUCCGCAUUACAGGCACACGCUCUGUAACUACUCCUGUUGGUGGUACGCGACUUUUGCCAACCGAGCACAUGGUGUUUCUGUUGUCGGAAUCCGAUGAUCAGGACAAAAAGUUUCUAAGCGACAGAUUUGAUGAAAGCUUGUCCCACGUUGCUGCGGCCGAUGUGGAGGAAGAAAGGAGCUUUGCUUUUCUAGUCAAGAGGCUUCAUGUGUACGUGAAUGACACUUCCGUGGAAGAGAACGCAUGUCUGGUCUUGUGGGAUGAGCAAAUUGGGUUGGCAUCCCUUUUCCGAAAGGGCGAUUGGUUAGCGAUAUGGCGGCCUUACGUGACGGUUGAGCGGCAAGCCGGGAGGGAUGAUAAGCGUUCGAUAACGCUCGAAUAUGGGUCCCAAACCGUGAUAUUUGUAAUUCCUAUGGACCCUACGAAGGAAAUGGAACUAAUGUGUAGCAUGGCGAGUCAGCCAAGUCAACAUGCUGUUCCACGAGAUGCACAGGGCAUUUUGGAUUUCAAAUGGUAUCCCAACCGGUUACUUAUCACGGAGCUUGCCCCUAAGAUGAUAAACAUUACCAUCUUUGGCAAAGUCUUGGAAGUGAUAGCCAAUAUGCCCUUUGAAAACGAGGGAAUCAAAGUAAGUCGGUAUGGAAUCCGGCUAACAGAUGAGUCCGGGUACUGUGAUAUCACCUUAUGGGAUGAUAUUGGGCAAGCCGCCACGUCAAAUGCAUUUGUUGGGGACUGGCUGCUCCUUGAAGGGCUCGCGACAACGGAACGUGUUGCAAGAGGGCAACCGGGGAAGUUAGUGAAGAAGCGUUUUGACGUCUUUGGAAAGGUGGAGUUGGGUACAAAAGCGUGGAAUGUUAGCUCAUCAACUGGCUUUCUGUGCUCCCCGUUUCUUCGCAACAUCAUGCGAGUAUCAGCGGCCCUGGCGGAAAAGCGGCAUAAUUUCUACUGUCGCGCGGUUAUCUCCACCUGGGCGGAAGGAAAAUGUGGCCGGACCACGAUUUCAAUCCACCCGCGGUGCAACCGUCCCGUAGAAACCACUGAUGAGGCAGUACUUUACUGCCCGUUCUGCGCUCAGUUUAUUGAAGAGUGCAAAGUCACGUAUACCCUCCGCUUCGUGUUGGACGAUGCAACAGGAUGUUGUGAGGUUGAUGUCGGAUUGGGUGUUGCUGAGGAUAUUCUGGCAGUCACACCCUCAGAGUUUGUGCGGCUCGCUUUGGAUGAGCAACGUGAGGUCCUAGAUGCGAUUAUAGGGAAAGAAAUAGAAGGAAGCAUUGUUCGAGUCUAUGAUCAUAAGGAUCAGACCAUUUCUUUUCGAUUGACAGCUGCAUGUGUAUCCGGAUCCAGUGUUCAAAGUACCAAAACUCUUAUUCAGAAUCUAGCUGGAUGA